AUGGAAUCUAAAAACACAUACGACUUUGUCAUCGUCGGAGGUGGUCCAGCUGGUUGCACCGUGGCUGCGAGGCUCGCCAAAUCUGCCCAAAGACCUAACGUUCUACUUCUUGAAGCAGGUGGGCGCAAUGAUGACAAAGCUUUGCGAGUGAAUGGAAAGCGUUGGACGACAUUUAGGGAACCAAGCCUGAAUUGGGGGUACAGGACCACACCACAAGAAUAUUGCAAUGGGCACGAUGGCGACUAUUCCCGUGGAAAGGGUCUUGGAGGUAGCUCGGCAAUCAACUUCGGGGUCUUUGCUAUAGGCGCGCGGGAUGACUACGAUGAGUGGGCAUCUGAGGUGGAUGACGAUACCUUCGGAUGGAAGGAGAUGCAUAUCCGCUACAAGAAUUUGGAGACCUUCGAUGGUCGUAAGGGAGAGCGUACCACGGCUGUUGAUAUGUUUGAAAAUGUUCCUCAUAAUCUUGUCGUUGUCACAGACAGCCCAGUACAGCGGGUCUUGUUGGAAGGCAAAAAGGCUGUUGGAGUAGAGGCUCAGGGCACGAAGUACUUCGCUUCUCGAGAUGUGAUUCUUUCUGCAGGCACACUCGACACCCCAAAGAUUCUAAUGCACUCUGGAAUCGGACCGGCUAAAGAGCUUGAGAAGUUCAACAUUUCAGUGAUCAACGAUCUGCCCGCCAUUGGCCAGGGUCUCCGAGACCACUACUUGGUUCCUCUGGUUCUUGCCCGUAACCCUGAGACAAAUGACCGCAAUUCCUUCUUCAAAGAUCCCGCCGCCAUGGAGGCUGCAAUGAAAGAGUGGCUUCACGACAACACCGGCCUAUGGAACCGAUACUGCUGCCAGAUCGGCACCGGCUGGUUCAAAUCAUACCGUAUCACCGCCUCGCCCGAAUUCAAAGCGCUUCCAGCAUCCGUGCAAGAGUUCCUGAACCGCGAAACCAUCCCCCACUACGAGAUAGCCACCCACAUGCCCCUCCAUUGCAUGAAGCCCGAAAUGUUCAAAGAUUACAGCUAUAACUGUCUCGUAGCAUUCAUGAUAAAUGAGCAAUCCCGCGGCGAAGUGCGCCUGCAGUCCUCUGAUCCAGACGUCCCGCUGCUGUUCGACCCGCGGUUUCUCGGGCAUCCGUACGAUCGUCACGCUUGUAUCGAGAUUUAUCGACACCUGCUGGACGUCAGUAGACAGGAGUGCUUUGCGAAGGACACUAUCUCAACGCUGAUGGGGCCUGCGUCUGAUUCCGACGAGGACAUCCUCGAGUUCUGGAAGAACACGCUCUCUUCCAGCUGGCACAUGACCGGCACGGUGAAGAUGGGCAAGACUGGUGCCAGUGAUUCUGCUGUUGACACGCGUUUCCGUGUACGGGACAUGGAGAACCUCCGCGUUGCUGAUAUGAGUGUUGUUCCUGUCCUCACUAACAACCACACCCAGGCUACUGCUUACGUGACUGGUAUUACUUGUGCUGAUAUUCUUAUCAAGGAAUAUGGCCUCGAUAAAUAG